AUGCAAAAAAUUUAAGAAUUGGAAGAUUUACUUUUGAAAGAGAUAGUUGAAAAAAACUAUGAUCAAGAUUAAUUUGAACUAUUAACAAAUGAAAGAUAUCCUAAUAAAGGUACAAAGUUUUUUAAAUUAAAGAUGAAUUAUCAGAUUGGACUUUGGAAGAAUUAAAAUAAUUAAUCAAAGAAUUUUAAGACUAAUAGAAUAAUAUCACAAACAUUUAAACUCUUGGAAAUCCUUUAUAAGAUUAAAUAAUAUAAAAUAAUCCUAUAAUAGAGGCCCCAAUAUAGAGAAGAAGUAAAUUAAUCCCAAAAAAAUAAUAAUUAAAAUAAAUAUUUACUAACACUCUUACAGAUGAGUAAGCAUAAAAAAAGGGUUUUGAUUAGGAGCAAAUGAAUAUUCUGUAGAAGAUUAAAGAAGCAAAAUGUUAAAUACAAUUUGUAUUUAUUCUUCUUUUUAUAUUAGGAUAAUUAAUUAAUAUUUUCAGAAUAUGAAAAAUAAAUUAAUUGCAAUAAAAAAUAAUAAUAUAUUAAAGAAGAUGAAGAGCUUAAUUUCAAAAUAACUGUAAAAGAAGAAAAAAAAUAUUUUUCCACUAUUUAAUUAUAUUGUAUUGAAACAUUACCUUUAAAUUGGAAAGUUGAAAGAACUAAAGAAGAUUUUAAGACUUUGGAAAAAAUGAUACAAAUAUAUCUGCCAGAAUACUCAGGUUAUAUAAUUUAGUAUGAUGAAACAUAAAAAUUUGAAAAACAUUUAGAGGUACAUAUUCAUUUAUGAAAAUGAGAAUGCAUUAAAAAUUUAUUUUAGUAAACCAAAAACAAGAUCUCUUUUAUAUUUUUCGUUGUUUUUAAAUGAUGAUUUUGCCAAAUAAUACCAUUCUCAUCCUUUUAGUCACUUUACAGAAAAUGAAAAAAAACUUAAACAAUUUAUCUUAAAAGAAUAAUCUACUUCAUCGGGAAUAUUAAAUAUUGAAUUUAGUAAAUCCAAUUAUGAUAAUUACAAAUCUUUAUAAAGAUUUUAAACUGACUUUUCAUAAGGAUAUUUAGAAUUAGAAAAACAAUUUAAAUAAUCUAUAGAAAUUAUAAAUUAGGAAACUUAAAAAAUGAAAAAGAAAUUAAAAGAUUUUUAGAUUACAACUAAAAAAACAGUAAUUAUUUUUUUGACUUAUAUUUAGUUUAUUUAAGAUGGCCAUGUAUAAAAAAUACCAGAGGCCAAUUUUAAUAUAUUUUUAAAAAAUAUAUCUGAUGCUUUCUAGUUAAAUGAUUAAAUCCAAUCAUUUAUUAUGAUCACUAUCCAUUCAAUUAAGCAAAAAUUAUGUGAUACAUUUAAAAUUCUUGAAAAACCUUUAACAAAAUGUUAAGAUGUCGCAGAAAAUAUCAGAAAAAUUUAUAUUAAUGAUUUUGCACCUACGUAAAGUAAGUUUUUGGAAAAAAAAGAAAUUCAAAACUUUUUAAAGUUUUAUGGUCUAAAAGAAAAACCAUUCUCAAACUAUGAAUAUGAAACCUUGUCAUUAAUAAUUUGGGAAAUACAUCCGUUAAAUGUUGAUAUAAAUUUUGAAUACCUUUAAAAAGAAAAAGAUGAUUUUGCAUAUUUAAUUUCUCAAAUUAAUCAAGAGGCACAAGUUUGGCUUGAGAAACUAUUUAAAGAAGUCAAUUACAUCUGUAGAAAAAAUUUUAAAGUGCUUACUGAUAAUAUAUCCAAAUAAUUCUAAAAUGAAAAUUGA